ACAGCCGUUCGACGCCGCAUAAAUUUCGUUUACUUACGGUGUUCAUGUGGAUUAUAUUUUUUAAAAGUUUUUAAAAUAUUUAAGCAAUAGUAUUCAAUAACAACUCAUCGUGACAAAAAUGGUUGCGAGAGUAGCUGGUGUGUUUGACGAAAAGCUUACUGAAGCCAUUGCAAAUUCUAAAAUCUUAGUAGUCGGUGCCGGCGGUAUAGGUUGUGAAAUAUUAAAGAAUCUCGUUUUGACAGGAUUCCCUCAAAUUGAAAUCAUCGACCUUGAUACAAUCGACGUAAGCAAUCUAAAUAGACAAUUUUUGUUUCACAAAGAGCAUGUGGGGAAAUCAAAGGCACAGGUGGCCAAAGACAGUGCACUCAGUUUCAAUCCCAACGUAAAUAUAGUUGCACAUCAUGACAGUGUUAUUAGUAAUGACUACGGUGUGAGUUAUUUCAAGCAGUUCAAUAUUGUCCUGAAUGCCUUGGACAACCGUGUUGCCAGAAAUCAUGUCAACAGAAUGUGUCUUGCUGCAAACGUUCCUCUUAUUGAAACGGGAACAGCUGGUUACGCUGGACAGGUGGAGCUUAUAAAGAAGGGUGUGACACAGUGUUACGAAUGCCAACCGAAGGCUCCACAAAAAUCCUUCCCAGGUUGCACUAUAAGGAACACCCCGUCUGAACCGAUCCACUGCAUCGUAUGGGCCAAGCAUCUUUUCAAUCAACUGUUUGGUGAAGAGGACCCUGACCAGGAUGUCAGUCCCGAUACAGCUGACCCAGAAGCUGCGGGGGAUGCAGGUUCAACUGCUCUAACAUCAGAGAGCAGCUCAGGAAACGUUGAGAGGAAAAGUACAAGAACAUGGGCCGCAGAAACCAAUUAUGAUCCAGAAAAGUUAUUUGCUAAGUUAUUUGGUGAUGAUAUCCGGUACCUGCUGUCGAUGGAGAAUCUGUGGAAGAAACGCAGGCCACCCACACCGUUAUCCUGGGAUAGCUUACCAGGGAAAGAUAAUAUAGAAAUACAACAUUCAGGGUUGCCAGAUCAAAGAGUGUGGUCCGUGUAUGAAUGUGCUCAGGUAUUUGCUGCCAGUUGCAAAGCUCUUCAAACAGAUCUUAAAAGCCGUCCUGAAGGUGAUCAUCUGGUUUGGGAUAAAGAUGAAAAGAGUGCUAUGGACUUUGUCACUGCCUGUGCUAAUAUCAGAUCACAUAUUUUCAAUAUUCCACUCAAAUCACGAUUUGAAAUUAAAUCUAUGGCUGGCAAUAUAAUACCAGCAAUCGCCACAGCUAAUGCAAUCGUGGCGGGUUUGGCAGUAUUACGCGCGCAGGCGUUACUAAAAGGAGAGCUUGAAACUUGUACUAGUGUUUAUCUAAGACCUAAAGUCAAUCACCGCGGACAACUAUUUGUACCCGAAAAAACCUUAACACCACCAAAUCCUAAAUGUUAUGUGUGUUCUCCGAAACCGGAAGUAGCAUUAGCCUGUAACCUGAAACAUCUUACACUUAAAGACCUGAAUACGGCGUUCAAAGAAGGUCUUAACAUGCAGGCUCCUGACGCUACAGUGGAAGGCAAAGGUCUUGUUGUACUCUCAUCUGAGCCGGGCGAAACUGAUCACAACAACGAAAAGACUUUAGAAGAAAUCGGCCUAAACGACGGCUGUGCCUUACUGGUCGACGAUUUCCUGCAAAACUACGAAGUACGAGUGCGCCUACAGCAGGAGGACGAGGAAAAAACAUGGCGCUUAGUUACAGACGCAGAUUCGCCAAUGCUCGGCCCGAAAGAGGAAAAGACCGCCAACGGUUCGAGCGGUUCCGAACCGAAACCCGGCCCGUCACGCUCCAAGGAAGACAGCGAUAGUGACAUGGAAAUUAUCGAGGAGGACGAUGACGGCGAACCGAAACCGAAACCGCCAAAACGUAGGCGAACCGAAAUGACCGAUGAAGUAGUCGAACUCUGCUAGUGUAGUAAACUGAUGUAAACACUGCCGAAUUCUUAUAUCAAGUACCUAAAUUGUUUGCAAUGCUGAUUUGGCAAAACCUUAGAUAAACUAAUGGUUACUAUGGAAAAAAACGCAGUAACAAAACAGUGUUCAAGUGUAUAAUCUCCGAGUAUCUGUAAGACGUAUAUCUUAAAGUAUAGAUUUUUGUAUUUUUCUUACGAUCUUAAAUUCUAGAACAAAAAAAUCAAAUAAGUGCAUAUAGUUAUAUAAAUAGCAGGAAAUUAUUACACAUAGUAAUCCUCCAAAAUUGUUAAUGUUAUCUUUAAUGAAACUAUUUAAUGACAUAUUUUUAGGCAUAGAUAAGAAUAAUCGUCGUAAUUUAAGGUUUGCUAAAUAUUGUAUUACUUGAUAAAUAAAUCUCUCAAAACGA